AUGCAGCGAACUCAGGAAGUUGAUAACAGUCCAUUGGAUUAUGCUAACAUUGAUUUGAACAUAUUUGAAAAUUUUUCAUCAUGGUCUGAUGAAUAUUUAAUACAAAUUAAUGUUAAAAAACGUCCGUAUCAAUUUCAAAUUGAACUUGUACAAAUGGCUAUUAAGCAAGAAAAUACUAUUAUUUGUCUACGUACAGGAGCGGGUAAAACGUAUAUAGCUGCUCUUCUCAUCAAAUAUUACUACAUGAAAAAAAUGAAAAUAGCAGCCAAUCAACGAUUUUUGACUAUCUUUCUUGUGCCUCAUCGAUCUAUAUGCGAACAACAAGUGAAAGCAGUAGAUAUAAUUGGCAAUUUAUGUGUAACUGGAUGUAAUGAUGAAUCAUUUGUUCAUGAAUAUAUACAAACAUCCAAUGUUAUUGUGUGUACUCCACAAAAACUUUUAAAUUGUUUAAAUGAUCAAACAAUAUCGUUAAAGGAUAUCGACGUGUUAGUCUUUGAUGAAUGUCAUAAUUGUA